CAUCAGUCAUCCCAACCCAACCCAACCCACUUCCUCAUUUAAACUCAACCUUCUCAUCGAUCUAAAUCUGCAACCCAAAUCUCCUCCUCCCCUCCUAGAUCUUCUCUGCAAUUUUUGGUCUGUUUCAGCCAUGGUAGUCUGUUCUAAGCCUGCAUUAGACACUUUCUCUUUCAUAAAUGACUGCAAACCCACCACCUUUGUCUCUGGAAUUCCUGUUAUAGACCUUUCCAGACCAGAUGCCAAAACCCUUGUUGUAAAAGCCUGUGAAGAAUUUGGGUUCUUCAAGGUGAUCAACCAUAGAGUCCCAAUAGAGUUCAUGAACAAAUUGGAAUCUGAAGCUUUGAAGUUCUUCUCCUUGCCACUGCUACAGAAAGAGGAAGCUGGCCCUGCAAAUCCGUUUGGGUAUGGACACAAAAAAAUUGGGCCAAACGGAGAUAUUGGGUGGAUUGAAUAUAUCCUCCUGAAGAGUAAUCCUGAAUUCAUCAUUGAGAAGUCUCUUUCCAUUUUUGGUGAAAACCCAGAAAUGUUUUGCUCUGCUGUUAAUGAUUAUAUUUCAUCUGUGAGGAUGAUGGCCUUUGAAAUUCUUGAAUUGCUGGCUGAAGGGCUUGGGGUUGAACAGAGAAAUGUGUUCAGUAAGCUUCUAAUGGAGGAAGAAAGUGAUUGUCUGUUCAGGAUCAACCACUAUCCACCAAGUUCAGAAGUUCAAGCUUGGAGUCGUCCCAAUAUAAUUGGAUUUGGAGAGCAUACAGACCCACAGAUAAUCUCAGUUCUACGCUCCAACAACACUUCAGGCUUACAAAUCUGUCUGAGAGAUGGGACUUGGGUCUCUGUUCCAUCUGACCAAAGCUCCUUCUUCAUCAAUGUUGGUGAUUCCCUGCAGGUUAUGACCAAUGGGAGAUUUAAGAGUGUGAAGCAUAGGGUUUUGGCAAAUGGAAUGGAGUCUAGGCUUUCAAUGAUCUACUUUGCAGGGCCAACCUUGGAAGAGAAAAUAGUACCUUUACCAUCCCUGAUGAAAGAAGGAGAAGAGAGCUUGUACAAAGAGUUCACAUGGUGUGAAUAUAAAAAAUCAGUUUACACGGCAAGGUUGGCUGAUGAUAGGCUUGUGCAAUUUGAAAAACUGAGCAACUGUUGAUGGACUCCAGAAUCCAGAUCACAUUUUAGAAUAAAAAAAAAAAAAAGACAGUAGCAGACUGGUAUGGUCAAAGUAGGUUGGACAUGUUGACUAAAUUAGGCAAAGUUGGAUGGAUACAAAAAAGGGUUUGUGAUAGGGUUUUCUUUUCCAUAAUCAGUGUCACUUGUUAUUUUAUUUUUCUUACCAUGUAACUGUCAUUUCUGAAUACAGUUUAAUUAUCAGUACUACCA